UCUGAGAUGUACUACCGCAGCCGCCGGGCUGAGAGGAUCUGAUUUUAGUACUGCUGCUAUCACGACACGUGUCGCUCCGCCCACCUGUACGUUUCGUGUCAUGUCCACCUCACACCUACUUACACGUGACGCUCCACGUCCACGCCCUGCCACAUCAGACUUUUUUUUUUAAACGUAUCACUGAACUUUAUCGACAAGUUUUCGUAGUGUCACUCUGUCCCAGCAGCCCUAUGAUUGGUCAGCUGAGCUGCUGCGUGACGUGAAAGUAAGAGGCGUGGCUGCGCCGACACAUCAGAAUCAUGAACCGGGAGAGCAGCUUUAGGGCCCCCUCCAAACGGCGCCUUCGAGGCUCCAACCCCAACAUGUCUGCUCCACAUCAGCUGUUUGAUGACACCAGUGCAGGGACUGGACCUCAUGGCGCAGAGUUCCCCAACCAUGGUGCUCCUUCCCUGGGCAUUCCCACUCAGGCCUUCUUAUCAGAGCCUAUGUCCAACUUUGCCAUGGCCUAUGGGAGCAGCCUGGCUACCCAAGGCAAGGAGAUGGUGGACAAAAAUAUUGAUCGGAUUAUCCCAGUAAGCAAGCUCAAGUAUUAUUUUGCAGUGGACACAGUCUACGUUGGGAAAAAGAUCGGCCUGCUCCUCUUUCCCUACAUGCACCAUGACUGGGAGGUGAGAUACCAACAGGACAUCCCUGUUGCUCCACGGUUUGAUGUGAAUGCCCCAGACCUAUACAUUCCAGUCAUGGCAUUCAUCACUUACCUGCUGGUGGCCGGGCUGGCGCUGGGGACGCAGAACAACUUUACCCCAGAGAUGCUGGGCAUGCAAGCUAGCUCUGCCCUGGCCUGGCUCAUAGUGGAGGUGUUUGCCAUCCUGCUCAGUCUCUAUCUGGUGACUGUAAAUACUGACCUCACCACGGUGGAUCUUGUAGCGUUUUCUGGCUACAAAUACGUGGGAAUGAUAUGGGGUAUUCUCUCUGGCCUCCUCUUUGGAAAGACUGUAUACUAUGUGGUCCUCAGCUGGUGCUGUGUUUCUGUAGUAUUUUUCAUGAUCCGGACACUGCGGUUGAAGAUUUUGUCAGAAGCUGCGGCGGAAGGUGUUCUUGUCCGCGGGGCCAGGAACCAGCUGCGUAUGUACCUGACUAUGGCCAUUGCUGCUGUGCAGCCUCUCUUCAUGUACUGGCUGACAUAUCACCUGGUGAGAUGAUUCCUUAACCGUUUCGGUUUAUACUGAGGACAGAGGUGGCCAUGUCUGGUUUCAAUCCUACGACCAUGAGGAGUUCUCACACAUCCUGCAAAAGGCAUUGUUCUUCACUGGUUUUGUACUGUUUUCUGUGAAUGGACCUUCUUGCCUGGAUUUUAAUUGUACAGGGGUCCCAAGUCCAACCUUUUCCUAGAACCUCUAUAGCUGGUACAUCUCCAUGACAUGAGGCCACUGGACGACUUGCUCUCAAGAUGACAGUGUGCCUCUUGCAGUAGCAGCCAUGGGGAGCUUUGCCUAGUGCUGAUGAAGCCCACGCUUGUCUACGUUUUGCGCACCUGUGUAUUGUCUCUAAGGGUCUACAUGACUCUGUGUUCCCAACAAUUAUAAAAAAAGAAAUAAAAUAUAUUAAUAUAUAUAUAUUUUCUCUCUUAGCUUUGGCAUGUGUUGGGCGUUCUCUUACAAAUGCAUACUUUGUACUUAAUUGUCUGCAGCUUCUGGUAUGUGUAACACACUCGCCCUCCAUGCUGACACCCUGUACAAAAUGUCAGAUGUCCAUUUGCAUUAAACUAUGCGUUGAGUGUGGUGGGCACCGUGGACUUCCUGAAGCUACAUACAGAGGUUCUGUUUUAAGGGCUUUGCCUUAUUCUGCCGUUCAGCCGAGCAGGAGAGCUACAUGUGAGCCGAGCUUCAAUAUUGCUAUAUUUGGACCUUUGUGUGCUAUAGGUUGUGAUCCCUGUUCUUGUAUGACAUUUGGCUGUGAGUGUGCCUAUAUUAUGUAUAGUAGAGAUAAUGGCGGCAGUGCUCCAGAAUGUUAUCUGGGAUGAAAACUUCAUCGACAACUCUGCAUUCUUAUUUUUGUUAGUGUGUAUUCUAUCAUUACAUUAAAUUAAUAAUUUUCCAGUGUUA